AGAGGACCCGCUUUCUAACUCUAGAAGAUAAACUGGUAGCAUAAGAUAAAAAUGGCAGGCGCCAAGUCUCUGCAACCAAGAAUUUUCUCUUCUUUCUUGGGCGACCGCUUUAUUCAAUCGACACAGCAGCCUCUGUGCCGAAUCUUUUAUUACAACCCAGGGAGCAAGCAUGUUUCGAUGCAGUUAUCCAGAACCUUUUCUGGCUUAGCAAGUCUCUUGUUUAAUAGAAGAAAUGCAGAUGAAGUGACAAAGAGCAAGCGCAAACGUCUAAGACCUGGAAAAGUAUCUCCUCCUAGACCUGUUCCACAUCACAUACCAAGACCUCAUUAUGUUGAUUCUUUGCAACUGCCAGGAAUUGCAAGCGGACCUGAAGUGCAUGAUAAGAAGGGGAUAGAAUGCAUGAGAGCUUCUGGAAGGCUGGCAGCAAAGGUUCUUGAAUAUGCUGGGACAUUAGUGAAACCAGGCAUUAAGACAGAUGAAAUUGAUGAGGCAGUUCACCAAAUGAUUAUUGAAAAUGGCGCAUAUCCUUCCCCUCUUGGCUAUGGAGGGUUUCCGAAAAGUGUGUGCACAUCAGUGAAUGAGUGUAUUUGCCAUGGAAUACCAGAUUCCCGUCCGCUUGAGGGCUAUCAUGGUGAUACAUCAGCAAUGUUCUUUUGUGGAGAGGUUGAUGAUGAGGCUCGGAACCUGGUGAAGGUAACAAAAGAAUGCUUAAUGAAAGCAAUAUCAAUAUGUGGACCAGGAGUAGAGUUGAAGAAGAUUGGCAAAACUAUCCAUGAUCAUGCAGAUAAAUACCGUUACGGUGUUGUCAGACAAUUUGUUGGCCAUGGAGUUGGACGUGUUUUCCAUGCUGAUCCUGUCGUUUUACACUACAGAAACAAUGAAGGAGGACGCAUGUUAUUGAAUCAAACCUUCACGAUUGAGCCAAUGUUGACAAUAGGCAGCAUUAAUCCUGUAAUGUGGAAUGACAACUGGACAGUUGUCACAGAAGACGGUAGCCUAUCUGCACAGUUUGAGCACACAAUUCUUAUAACCAAGGAUGGAGCUGAGAUACUAACGCAGUGUUGAAAGGAGUUCUGCACCAUAAACCAAAUGCUUUCAGGUCUCCUUCCCAUUAACUCGCCCAGAUCAAAACUUAGUGUAUUCUUUUUGUGAUGGGGAUAUGAUUUAAUUCUUUUGGCAACAUCCAGAAUCCAGAUUCCAUUGUAUGCUUCUUUUAAGGUUCUGAAGGUUGGCGAAACAAAAAAUUAUAUAUAUUCAAGAAACCUUGUAGAAGUCUAAAUGCUGACUCAAUUACAAGGAAAAUGCAUGUUGUUGUAUCAGAAGGAAGUCAUAGUGUAGACAGAGACUGUUUAUAUAGAUGCAAUUGUAUUUGAAUUUGAUC